GAUAAACACUUCCGUAGUACACGUUAUGGAUAUUGGUAUAUCGAAAGCAGGUGCAAACACAAAUGGCGGCUAAGUUGGGAACGUCGCAGCACAAAGUUUCAAACAUUUUUUACGACGUGUGUUGUUCAAUCUGCGAAGAUGAUGGCAUACAGAAAGAAGGACUGUUUUAUUGUCAUAUAUGUUUAAAACAUUUCUGUGAAAAUUGUAAGUUUACCCACCAUAGGUUUCACAAGGAUCAUUCAGUAAUUGCAAGAAAAGAAAGUGACAACAAGUCUGUUGAUUCACUAGAGUUAUGUGUGGAGCACAAAACGGAGAAACUGACGAUGUUCUGUGAAUGUGAUAUGAAGCUGCUCUGCCACGUCUGUCAUCUCCGUAAUCACAGACAAUGCAGUCAAGUAGUUCUAUUGACUGACAUGGUAAAACGUACAACACGACCCUUAGAAGAAGCUCAGAUACAUACUACAUAUGAAUCAUUGAUGGAACGUCUAGAGGAUACGAUGAAAAUGGGAGAACAAAAUAUUAAGUAUCUCAACAGGAUGUACGAAAAAGUGUUGGAAGAAAUAGUUGAUGCACGUCGUCAGAUAAACGAACAACUAGAUCAACGGCAACAAAAUACAGAAAGAAAAUUAAGAGAUUUGCAUUCUACAUUAAAGAAGUCUUUGGAAUUUGUAACAAAAUAUUGCGUUCAAUCUAGUUCAAUGAUGAAGGGUUAUAACAUUAAAGAAAUACACAAAACGUCGCCUGAGCGGUCGUUUAUUAUGUACAGAAAAUGUUUAGACCAAACCGACUAUGCAGAUUUAUUUUUUCGAGAUGCAACUAAAAACGAAGACAUUGCAUUUCAUCUCAACACAGAUUUGGAGAAGUUUCUUCGUUCGUCCACAGACUUUGGACUUAUUGCCAGUCAAGAAACUGUGUCGCAUUACCUUAGUGACCCUAACAAGGUUGUAAGCAUUAUGGAGAAGUCACAAUACGACGCGCGAAUAACGACUGAUAAGUACGUUAGUUACAUAACGGGUAUAUGCAAGUCGUCAAAUGGGGAUUUACUGAUUGCUGACGGUGCCAACAAUUGUGUUAAACUCCUAAAUAGGGCGUACACUAUGAUAGAGCAAAUACAAUUACCUACUUCGCCCAUGUCCAUGUGCAACAUGUCCCCCAACGAGAUGGCGGUCUCUGUAUGCAACGACGAUUCCGUUAAUGAAAUUCAUUUCUUACGAGUGAAAAAAGGGAGGAUGGAAAAAAUAAAUCGUCUGCAAUUGAACCAUCGAUGCUACGGUAUUGCAAUUCACAAAGGCGACUUGUUUGUAACAUCCGGUACUGCAGUUUAUCAAUACACCAUGACUGGGCGACAAGUGAAGACGUUAUAUGAGGAUAAAUCUAAAUGUAGAUAUGCUGUAUUUCAGAAAGACCUGUGUAAACCAAGCGAACACAUAUGCCAGGCCUUAACGUAGAUAAACACUUCCAAGGUUCACACUUUGAUAAAGGGACAUGGAAUGUAUGUUCAUACGAAAAUGGCGGCCACGUUGGAAACAUUGCAGCACAAAGGUUCCGAUGUUUUUUUACGACGUUUGUUGUUUAAUCUGCGAAGAUGAUGGCAUAUAUAAAGAAGGACGGUUUCAUUGUAAGAAAUGUUCAAAAUAUUUCUGUGACAGUUGUGUGUUAACCCAUAAUAAGUUUCACGAGGAACAUUCAGUAACUGAGAAAGGGGGAAGUGACAACUGGCCUGUAACUAAAACAGUGGAUGAUUCACUGGAGUUUUGUGAGGAGCACACAACUGAGAAACUGACGAUGUUCUGCGAAGAUGAUGAAAAGCUGCUCUGUCACACGUCUGUCAUCUCCGUAAUCACAAGCAAUGCAGUCAGGUAGUUUUAUUGACUGACAAGGUAAAAACUACCACACGACCCAUGGACGUGGCUCAAAUGAAGUCUUCUAUUGAAUCAUUAAUGGAACGUCUAGAGCUAGAGGAUGUGGUGAAAAUAGGAUAACAGAAUAUUAUAUCUCUCCAAACGUCAUACGAAAAAGUGUUGGAAGAAAUAGUCGAUGCCCGUCAAUUGAUCAACGACAGUCUAGACCGACUGCAACACAAAACAGAAAUACAAUUGAAAGAGUUGCAUUCUACAUUAAAGACUACUUUGGAAAAUAGCAGAAAACAAAGUCUUGAAUUUAUUGUAAACGUAAAGAGGUAUAACAUUAAAGACACACAACAAAAGUCGCCUGAGCGAUCGUUUAUUAUGUACAGAAAAUGUUUAGACCAAAUGCCUUCAGCAGAAUUAUUUCUUCGAAAAGCAGCUACAAAUGCACCCAUUGAAUUUCACCUCAACAAGGACUUGACUCAGUUUCGUGCUUCUUGUACAGAGUUUGGAAGUAUCGCCAUUCGCGAAACUGUGCCACAUCACGUCGUUGACCCGAACAAGAUUGUAAGCAUAAUGGAUAAGUCACAAUACAACGUGCGAACGGCGACUGAUAAAAAGGAUUGUCACAUAACGGGUAUAUGGGAAUCGUCAAAUCGCGAAUUAAUAAUUGCUGACUUCCACAAUAAGAGUGUGAAAAUCCUAAAUCGGGCGUACAAUUCGAUAGAGAAAAUACAAAUACCUAAUUUUACGUGUUCCAUUUGUAAUAUAUCCUCAAACAAAACGGCGAUAAUUGUGUGCAUCGGUAAUCCUGAUGAUGAAAUUGAUUUGUUACAAGUCGACAAAGGGAAGAUUGUAAACUUUAAUACGCUCCCGAAAUUUUUACCUCGGGUUUGGGGUAUUGCGAUUUACCAGGACGACAUUUUUGUAACGUCCGGUGAAAAUGUGAGUCAAUACACCAUGGAUGGGCGGCUAGUGGAGAAGUUAUACGAGGAUAAAUCAACAGGAUAAAGUGUUCUAGGUGUUGGGGUGAGCCUGGAUGGAAAGAAGAUCUAUGUGACGGGUGGUCAUAAUGGCACGCUUCUCACACUGACCAGGGAUGGAGCAGUCACAUCCAUACUCCCGGAUCCUGUAUUUAGAACGGGCUUAACAAUACCUAACUUACACGUGACAGCCAGAGGACAUGUGGUGGUAUUUGGUAGACAAUCUGUCAGUCAAGUUGACACGAACGGCAAGAAACUUCUAAACACCAUUAGUCUUGAUAUGUCCGACCUUAGGUCGGUCUACUUCAAUGAAAGCACAAGUAUGGUGAUUGUUGCAUUAAAAAAAAACAUUAUUGAGUUUAAGACAAAGCUUUUCUAAAAUUUCUAUGGUUAGCGAUAUGCCUUUUGUAUAUUUAGACAUGAAGUCGCAAAUCAUACUAGUUAGUUUGUGUUCAAUCGGACUAUCUUUAAAUGUAUAUAUUAAAAAUCUAAGCUUGUUCUAAACAUGGAACUCUCUUUGCUUUUACUACUACAUUUUUUUUAUUUAACUUGUUUGCCAAAACUAAAAAAAAUAUUUCAUGUUCGCAUACAAAACAUUCAUUCCCACAUUCAUGCUGAUUCUUACAUUGCUUCCUUUCAUUGUUUUACCACAUAACCAUUAUUAUGCUUGUGCGCAUUUUCAUAAUAUUUCUGACCAUUCUCCUCGACUUAGUUUCAGUGUAAUCCCAUUGUGUCAUUAUAUUAAUACGUUUUUGU